CUGCAGUGAGAUCGAGAAAAAGACAUUUAUCUUUUAAACACUACAGAGGGUUUGGUAAACUGCUGAAUUUAAACUAGCAACUUAGCACUUCAGAGAAGCUUGACAUUGGAUUUGACUGUUAUCAUUUUCUAAUAAGAACCACAUUUUCUUUUGGCAAAUGCAUUACAGUGUGGUGUUUAAUUUGACAUUUGGCCACACCUCAAAAACUUGUGUGUUUGCUUAAAAAAUACAUAUAUAUAUAUACAUUUGUACAUGGCAGAUAACAUCUCACUGGUUGUUGGUGGACCUUUACGGAGGCAGAUCAACGACAAGGUCAUUAUCGUGCAGAUCCUGGUAAUGAUUUUUCUUUGUGUUAACUUUUUGCUUAUUGUGACCUUUUUUAAAAAGGAGAGUUUACGCACAACUGCCCGCUACAUCUUAUUUGCUGUUACACUGUUGUCUGAUAGCUUUCUAUUAAUCAUGUCUGAUAUCCUGCUCAUCUUCAGCUAUUUUGAAAUCACCAUAAAUGUUUGGUCAUGUAUCCUUAUCUCUGUUUUAACACCUCUAUAUAAUAUGGUCACCCCAGUUACUCUGACGGCAAUGACCCUGGAACGCUACGUGGCUAUUUGCAUGCCCCUGCGUCACGGAGAGCUGUGCUCCUCUCGCAGAACAAUGCGUUGCAUCCUCAUCAUCCACGCCGUCAGCUCUUUACCCUCUAUUGUUAUUCUCUCUGUCUUCUUUGCAUUAGCCUCUCUUAGCUCUUACACACAAUACAGUGUAUGCUCUGUUGAGUUGUUGAUGUUGCACACAUGGCAGGAUCACAUUAAGGCAGCUUUGUAUCAGUUUUACUUCCUGAUUAUGUUUAUAUCUAUUAUAUUCUGCUAUGUUAAAAUAAUGAAAGUGGCCAAAGCUGCAUCAGGAGAGAAUAGAACGUCAAAAUGGAAAGGGCUCAGAACGGUUAUUUUUCAUGGUUGCCAGCUGCUGCUCUGUCUCAUCCAGCUGUGGUGUCCCUUCAUAGAAACUGCUAUACUUCAGAUUAGAUUAAGAUUAUAUGCAAAUGUUAGGUACACUAACUACAUACUGCUUAGUCUUGCUCCAAGAUGUCUGAGUCCUCUCAUUUAUGGCCUCAGGGAUGAAACAUUUUUUCUUGCUCUGAAAAACUUGAUCUUCUUCAGUUUGUAUAAAAGAAAAAGUUGA